GCUGUCUACAUGUUCUAUGCUUUGGCUAUUAUCUGUGAUGAUUUCUUUGUUCCUUCGUUGGAAAAAAUUUGUGAACGCUUGCACCUCAGUGAAGAUGUGGCAGGGGCAACCUUCAUGGCAGCUGGCAGCUCUGCUCCGGAGCUGUUUACAUCUGUGAUAGGUGUGUUUAUCACAAAAGGAGAUGUAGGUGUUGGGACCAUUGUUGGCUCUGCAGUAUUCAACAUCCUCUGCAUAAUUGGGGUUUGUGGCCUAUUUGCGGGGCAGAUAGUUGCACUGUCUUCUUGGAGCCUCUUGAGGGAUUCAAUGUAUUAUACCUGCUCAGUUGCUGCACUUAUUUUGUUUAUUUAUGAUGAAAAAGUUGCUUGGUGGGAGUCCUUAAUCCUAGUGCUGAUGUACAUCAUCUACAUUCUUAUCAUGAAGUUUAAUGCCAAUCUCCAGCAUAUGUUUGAACGGAGGACAAAGAAUGUAACAAACAUGGUGAAUGGAUUAGCAAAUAAUACAGAGAUGGAUGACAACAGCAAUUGUGAUGCUACAGUGGUAUUACUAAAGAAAGGAAAUUUCUACCGCAAAGCCUCUGUAAUCAUGGUGGAUGAAUUGCUGUCUGCAUAUCCACACCAGCUAUCCUUUUCAGAGGCUGGACUCCGGAUUAUGAUCACAAGUCAUUUUCCUCCCAGAACCCGGCUCUCCAUGGCUAGUCGCAUGUUGAUCAAUGAGAGACAAAGAUUAAUCAACAGCAGAGUGUAUACCAAUGGAGAAUCAGAGAUAGCCAUCAAGGUCCCUCUCAAACAUACCAUGGAGAACGGAUCAGGGCUCAGCAAUACUGCUAACAGAAGCGCAAAUGGAACCAGAAGAGAUGAGGAGGCUGCUGAGGGUGGGAAUGAAACAGAGAAUGAAAAUGAUGACAAUGAAAAUAAUGAGAAUGAUGAGGAGGAAGAGGAAGAGGAAGAAGACGAUGAUGACCAAGGUCCUUACACUCCCUUUGAUCCACCAUCUGGCAUAAUAGAAAUUAUCAAGUGGCUCUUCACCUGGCCUCUGUCUUUGCUCUUAUACUUCACGGUGCCCAACUGCAAUAAACCCUACUGGGAGAAGUGGUUCUUGGUCACUUUUGCUUCCUCCACACUCUGGAUUGCAGCCUUUUCCUACAUGAUGGUCUGGAUGGUCACAAUCAUUGGUUUCACUUUGGGUAUUCCAGAUGUGAUCAUGGGUAUCACAUUUCUGGCAGCUGGAACCAGUGUACCAGAUUGCAUGGCAAGCCUUAUUGUAGCAAGACAAGGAAUGGGUGACAUGGCCGUAUCAAACUCCAUUGGAAGCAAUGUCUUUGACAUUCUAAUUGGCCUUGGCCUUCCAUGGUCUCUACAGACUCUAGCAGUAAACUAUGGCUCUGUUAUUCGAUUGAAUAGCCGUGGACUUAUCUAUUCUGUGGGCUUGUUGCUGGCCUCAGUUUUUGUCACUGUGUUUGGAGUUCAUUUGAACAAGUGGAAGUUGGAUAAGAAGCUGGGGUUUGUGUGCCUUUCCCUCUAUGGAAUCUUCUUGUGUUUCUCCAUCAUGACAGAAUUUAAUGUCUUCACUUUUGUAAAUUUGCCUAUGUGCAGAGAUCACUGA